AUGGCGGUCAAGCUCAGUAACCGUUCUGAGAGCCCAGAGGAGGGCAUUAACACACCUUCAACAGGGAAAGACGUAGCCUCAGCUGGAGCGAACGGCACAAGCAGCGAAAAGCCACAACUUCAAGGCAAGGGAAGAGGCGGGAAUGGCAAGGGCAAGGGCAAAUCCAAGAGCGAUGACCAAAACAAGGAACGAAUCCAACGACUAGAUCAACUUUACUCCAAGAAGAAGCGACAGGUCUACUUUGUCCCCACUCCAAAGUCAAAUGUUGAGGUCGAGAAGCCAGGGCAAAUCUCCUAUGUCGUACUCAAGGUACGGCGGAUUAUAUGCGACAAGGGAUUCCCAACGGGCACCGAAAUCGACAUACGAUCAACAGUACUCAAAGAAGCUCUUGCCGAUAUAUUCGAAGGCGUUGAGGGCCUUCAACUUAACGAAACACCACCCAUUAUCAGCCCAGAGCUCCUUUUUCACGCUCGAGAGGGACUUGUGGACCGUGUCAAGGCAGAAGAGUCAAAACCUACCCCGAGUAAGACGCUGGUAGAUGAGCUCGGUGUGGCUCUGCAGUACAUAUCCGAAGACUAUACAUCCACACAAGCUAGUCUGACGUCGCUGUCAGAGCACGACGAGAUUACGUUUGACCUGCUCUGGGCCUUGUUCCCUCCGAACACCACUGUUCACACCAAAAGCAACCUACUUCGAGAAGAGCAGGUCUGUAAGUUACAGAAGGGCGAAUAUGGUCAACUACCCAGUGGUGCGAGAUUUUACUCGCUAGAUCUCAGGUACAUCUCACAUGAUGGAGAGAAGCUUGGCUGGGUCCAAAAGACACUCCAGAUCGGUCAAUUCGAGGGCGCGAAAAAGGUGCCCAAUCUGUCUGUUGUUCCUCUGGAUCGUCUGCCUACGAAAAACACUCUACGCGCAGAACUCACGAAGCGCGGCCAACGAUACAUUGAGCUUCUCGGAGCUCCUCGAGGAACGUACCAGGAGUACUCUGGCGCAGCAGUGGCUGAGAAUAGGGAUGUGGUCGUACAAGAUGAGUAUAAAAAAGUCGUCUUCCAUGUCUCUGGUCGCAUAAUGCUUGACUCCCCGACUCUGUACCAACAGAACGAGUACACGGAUCUUCUCAAACCGACAGUUGACACGGCACUUGAAGCCUCAAGCAUUCAAGACGAGGACCUGCUGUACUGCAACCACUACAUCGGUGGCUUCGGUUUCCGUCAAAAGAAAUGGUGCCUCUUCGCUAUCAGCCACCUCGAGCCGAUCGUAUGGAAUCUAGACGCCUUCUCGAAACUGGUCAUGGAUACCCGCAAGCGCAACCUAAUCCAUACCCUAGUCAAAUCGCAUCGUAACGGAGCCGAGACUUUUGAUGAUGUGGUCAGUGGUAAGGGCAAGGGUCUCGUGGGACUCUUGAGCGGUAGUCCAGGCGUCGGCAAGACUCUGACAGCUGAGGUCAUCGCGGAGGUCACGAAGCGCCCACUUUACAUGCUCUCCGCGGGCGAGCUAGGCACACAAGUACACGACGUGGAGAAGAAGCUAGACAUGGUGCUGGAAGUGACAAGGCAAUGGGGCUGCGUUUUGCUCAUCGAUGAAGCAGACGUCUUCCUUCAAGAGCGGGACGGUCUUGACUUGGAGCGAAACGCCAUGGUCAGCGUUUUCCUGCGUCGCCUCGAGUACUUCCAAGGUGUUUUGAUCAUGACCACGAAUCGAAAGCGCACUAUUGACGCUGCGUUCGACAGCCGCAUACACUUCAAGUUACACUACGCCGAUCUGUCCGUAUCGUCUCGCUCGACAAUUUGGAAGAACUGCUUGGAAAAUGUACCCGCUGAUCUCUCCAAGGAGGAUAUCAAGGACAAUGAUAUCAUACAGCUGGCAAGUAUUAAGCUCAAUGGUCGGCAGAUCAAGAAUGCCAUGGCUUGUGCGGUUUCCAUUGCGGUGGAGGAGAAGACUGCGCUGUCGUUGGAGGGAAUAAGAACUAUCCUGGAUAUGGUUGUCGAUCAGGAAGGGCUGGACGGAGGCGUUUCAGUAUGA